AUGGAACACGCUCAUCAAUCUGCAUUCUCGGCAAUUCCUCGUCGUACUGGUACUACUCGAUCCAACACUACUACCACUUCAACUCGUCACCACAGCAACAGUACAUUAUCAACGUCAUCGUUGUUGAGUAUUGCAACCGAUGAUGACGAUAAUGAUGGUGAUGGAUCAGGAAGCCAACCUGCAGAUCUUGCAUGUGUUGAUACGAAUGAUGUUACGUAUACCAUAAAGAAUAAUCUUCUUGUGAGGACAUCUGCAUCACCAGAUCUUUUCAAUUCGAAUGGAAAGUAUUACUUGUUGAACGCUGUUGCUGGUGAAGAACUAAGCUAUGUCAAGUUCCGAGUACUUGCUGACUUGAUUCAUGAAAUACGCCCCUGUUUUGGAUUUGUGAGAGAUGGUCGUACCUUGAGCAUCCAAAUGUCAACCACUAAUUACCUGGAAUGUCCUGCUCAACGUGAUGAGUAUGCUGGCGUUUGCAAUAGAUAUUUUUAUGCAAACGGCCAAUGCCAAAGUGGCAGGUGUACUACUCAGCAAUUUACUGCUGCUGCUUCGGGGUCUACUGUUGGAGAUCCCAACGGUACUAAAUCUUCGUCAUCAUCAAGUGAUGCUGUUGUCAUGGUCGAUUAUUUGCAUCUCGUGAUGGCCACAAUUACUCUUGGGGUAUUCUUGAUGUCAAUCUUCUGA